UGUCACUUUGUGAGCCCCACGCUGCAGCAAGCUCUCUUCAUGCUGCGUCACGUGGUCGCGGCGUCGACGGCGUCAACACGACUGCACGCCCAGCGUAUCCGACAUGUCGGUAGUCGGGCCUUCUCGUCUGUCCCAGUUUUGCAGCGUGGAGACGGCUGCAAGUCUCUGCAGGUGGGUGAGACGUAUCAGAAUUUCACACUGGAGCGAGUGGCCACCGUGCCCGAAUACAACGUAGACGCGCUAGAGCUGCGCCAUGAACCCACGCAGGCCAAGUAUCUUCACCUGGAUGCCAAGGAUCCCAACAACGUCUUCGCUGUCAUGUUCCGCACGCCGCCUAGCAACUCGACAGGUGUGGCGCAUAUUCUGGAACACACCGUAUUGUGCGGCUCCAAGCGUUUCCCAGUUCGCGACCCGUUCUUUAACAUGAUCAAGCGCAGUCUCAACACAUACAUGAAUGCGCUUACGGGUGCAGACCACACCAUGUACCCGUUCUCGACGACCAACGCGAAGGACUGGCGCAACCUCUUGAGCGUGUACCUGGACGCGGCCUUCUUCCCUAACUUGAGUAAGCUGGACUUCUUACAAGAGGGCCAUCGACUCGAGAUCAGCGAGGAAAAAGGCGAACUUGUGUACAAGGGAGUAGUGCUUAAUGAGAUGAAGGGAGUAUUAUCUGACAGCAACAAUCUCUUCGGCACGAGAUUGCAGCAGGAACUCAUGCGAGGCACCAUCUACGAGCACGUGAGUGGCGGCGACCCUACGGAUAUUCCGUCGCUUACGUACGAGGAUCUACGCGCCUUCCACACCAAAAAUUACCACCCGUCGAACUGCUGCUUCUUCUCGUACGGCGACUUGCCGCUCACGGACCAUCUGGCCUAUCUGGACAAGGAGGUUCUCAGCAAGUUUGAGUACCGUGCCGAUUCUGCAGCUACUCGCGUGAACACGGAGGGAUUUAGCAUGCACAAGAAAAGCUCAGAGGACCCGGAACUGAUCGUUAUCAGGGGCCCUAGCAGUAAUAUGAGCGGAGAGGCUGCUGACCCCAAUACCAAGUAUUGUAUGAGCAAGUUCGUGGACGUGAAGUCUACAGACCCGUUCCCAACCUUCGUGCUUCGAAUCGUGGGCUAUCUUCUCACAAAUGGACCUGCGUCUCCACUGUUUAAGGCGCUGAUCGACUCCAACCUCGCACAGGAUUUCUCGGUGGGCACAGGCUUCGACACAUCCACGUAUUACCCUACUUUUGGCGUUGGAGUAGAAGGAAUCGAAGGCGGAGAAGCAGCGGUGCCUGCCAUUCGCAAGGCAGUUCAUGACGCGUUGGAGAAAGUGGUUGCUGAGGGCUUCGACAAGGAACGAGUGGCUGGACUACUGCACCAAUUGGAGCUGAGUCUCAAACACGUGACAGGAAAUUUUGGUCUCCAACUCAUGCACGGCAUCAGCUCCGUUUGGGCCCAUGAUGGCGAUCUCAUCAAAAAUCUACAACUGAACCCGCUGCUGGAGCGCUUGAAUGACGAAAUGGCUCGUGAUCCAAAGUUCCUUGAGAGUUACGUGCGCGAUUACCUCAUGCGCGAUGACCUGCGCGAGGUCCAGAUGCUUAUGCUUCCUGCUGAGGAUUUCGUCCGCGACCAGGAGCGCCGCGAACAUGAAAACCUGGCCAAUAAGCUCAUUGAACAGUCCAAUGCUGAUCUGGACCGCAUCGCCCGUAUCACAGAGAAGCUCGAACGUCACCAGCAAAAAGAACAACCUGUGGAGUGUCUGCCCACCUUGACUCUGGACGAUAUUCCACGUGUGGAGGAAGGCAAUUUCGACCACAUUGAGAAGACAGGGAUCAACUCGACGUCUGCAGAGUUUGUACGUGUGCCGUCCACUAACGAAAUUUCGUACUUGCGUCUUCUAUUUGACGUCGGAGCGCUGCCUCAAGCAUACCACCGAUACAUGAACGUAUUUACGACGGUGUUUGGAUCUCUGGGCACUUCUCGCUACGCCUACGAUGAACUCCCCACGGUCAUUGCGAACUGUAGUGGUGGUGUGUCGUGCUCAGCUAUGACAGCACCAUCGCUCACAGAUGUCCACGGUGAACCUAGCAAGCAAUCGCUUCUGCUCGGUACAAUGUGUCUUCCUCACAAGGUGGACGAAACGCUGAGUUUGAUGUACGAGCUGCUCACGGACACGCAGUUUUUGAGCAACGAGAAUUUGCGUCAGCUGCGUCUCAUUCUACAGAGUAGCGCGUCCACCGCUAGCAGCAGCAUUUCGUCCUCGGGUGCUGCUCUCGCGGGAACACGCUCGCGUGUGGGUCUUACUCCCGCCGGAGUGUACGACGAAUUGUACAGUGGACUUACGCAGAUCGAGCAGCUUCAGAAGUGGGCGCAGUGUUCUGAUGAAGAGCUGCGUCAGAUCGCCCGUGUACUGCAGGAUAUCGCGCGCGUGGCGUUCUCGCCCGAAAACCUGCGUCUUUCUGUUGUGACUGAGGACAAGUUGCGCUCCCAAGUGGAGCAAUCUCUCAAGUCAAAGCUGCUUCAGCCUCUGGCCUCGUCUUCGUCGUUACUGGACCUUGCAUCGCUCACGCUGUCACAAGGGGAGCUAAAGGUACCGACCGUGUCACCCAAGAACUACUUCGCCUUCCCCGUCUCCGUUAACUUUGUGGUGGAGACGCAGCUGUCUGUGUCAUUUGCACACAAAGACCACGUGCCAUUUACGGUGUUGGCGCAAAUUAUGUCAUCGUGUUAUCUGCACCAGCAAGUGCGUGAGCAGGGCGGAGCGUACGGAUCUGGUGUCUCCCAGAACGAAGGCUCCUUUUCGAUGAGCUCGCACUACGACCCGAACACGUUCAAGACGCUUGACGCUUAUGCUGGUGCCCGUCGAUGGGCCGUCAGCGGCGAAUUCUCGGACCGCGACGUGCAGGAAGCGCUACUGUCUGUCUUCGCGAGUGUUGACGCACCCAAGACCCCAUCGAUGAAGGGCCGUAUGAGUUUUCUGCGCGCCAUCACAAACGACAUGCGCCAGCGCAGACGUGAGCAAUAUCUCUCGUUGAAACGUCAGGAUCUUGUAGAUAUCGCGCAAAAAUACUUUGGCGAAGACGCGCCUGAGAAGCGCACUGUCAUCAUCGGCAAGGACGGUGACGAUCUUCACGAGUUCUUGGACAAGGGCUACGACGUACAGCGAUUCUCCUCUACAGCCUCGCCAGAACAGUAAGUAGAUACAUGUUAGAUUACUGUUAGAGAUGGAAAUCAACGUCAUUUCAAACAUAACUAUAUAUUUUUGGUCGCGGUUGCCAC